GAGAAGACACGAGAGGAAGAGCAGAGCACUGGGAGGACUGAGAGGACUGGGAGAAGAAUUAGGAGGACUGGGACUGGGACUGGGCGAUGGAGCGCAGCGUCAUCCGGCUGAGUCACUGUCAGAAGGAGAUCUUCUGCUUCUCGCUGCCAGAUGAGUGUCCGAGCUGUGGGGAGGAGCUGAAGGGGAUCCGCCUGCAGGAGGCGCCGGUCAGCCUGCCGUCCCCCCUCACCAACGGACACAAGAGCUCCUGCUGUCUGCUGGUCGCACCUGCACACGACAACCUGCACAGAGACUCUGACGGGGCGUCUGAUCUGCACACUGGGAUCUCCAACACCAAAGGUAGGACUCACCUGGACACUGGUGCUGAAGAGGACAGACAGGAGUCGUGUUUAACUACACUCGAGGAGGCGUCCGUAGAGACCAGACUGGAUGGGAGCGCUGCGUCAGCGUUCCUCUGGUCCGACCCGACAUGUUCCACCUGCUGGCCCAGUGGGACCAGUACCUGGACCGCUUCUCUAACGGACCCAUGUGGGACCCAGCCUGGCACAGUUUGUGAACAGCGUCCUGACAGCCGAGGGUCGCAGCUCUCUGAGCAGAGACGACUUCACUCGCAGCUUUAUCCUGCCGAGGAUGAGGAGGGUGUCCAAAUACACCACGCUGUACCAGCACCUCCAGAGACACCAGUACUACCUGGUGGACAGACAGGAGGACAGACAGGAGGACGCAGCAGUCAGCAGUUAAACCAGACUCAACACCACUGGAAGGAGUUUCAACCAAACUCAGCUCUGUUACCACAGAAACGGAACCCUGUCUCCAUGGUAACACUGAUCCUGUCCAACUAUGGUCUUCAUGGUAACAGCAACCCUGUCCAACCGUCGUCUCCAUGGUAACGCUGACCCUGUCCAACCACCUUCUCCAUGGUAACAACAACCCUGUCCGACCGUCGUCUCCAUGGUAACACUGACCUUGUCUAACCGUCGUCUCCAUGGUAACAACAACCCUGUCCAACCGUAAUCUCCAUGGUAACGCUGACCCUGUCCGACCGUCGUCUCCAUGGUAACGCUGACCCUGUCUGACCAUCGUCUCCAUGGUAACGCAGACCCUGUCUGACCGUCUUCUCCAUGGGAACGCUGACCCUGUCUGACCAUCAUCUCCAUGGUAAUGGUCUCUGAGGAAUCUGAACCCCCCCUGCUGGUCUGGUGGGUCUCAGGGACUGGGUGCUGAUUCUGGUCCUGGUCCAGUCACCGCAUGGAGCCUCACAGAGUCCAACACGGACGAAGUCUGUUUCUCAGUGUGUCUGAACGUCUGCACUAACACGCGUUUUAGCAUGUUUCUCUCAUGUUCAUAUGAACAUGUUCAGAUUUUCUCUUCAGCAGGUGGAAUAAAAGUUGAACUAUGAAGAUAAAAACUGUUUUCUGACAGAACAGCUGAACUUCUAGAUAGUCUAUACGCAUGAAAACAUUUAUUCAACAUGUUUGUUGGUAAAUCGUCUGCAAUGAAACCAGUCAAAUAAAUCUGAUCAUUUAACGAA